AUGUUCAAGCUGCUCGUCGUUGUGCUCGGCUGCUGUCUGAUCCUAGCAAGCGCCGGUGUAAUCAAGGACUACGGCACGAGCCAGGAUCCACAUUACCAGGAGCCCCGGCCCCAGUACCAGUUCCACUACAGCGUCGCGGACCACCUCACGGGUGACAUAAAGGAGCAGAAGGAGCAGCGCGACGGCGACCGCGUCGAGGGCCAGUACUCGCUGGUCGAGCCCGACGGUACCCGGCGCAUCGUCGACUACACCGCGAACGGGCACACCGGCUUCAACGCCGUCGUCCGCAAGGAGAGCGGCCACCAAUACCACUCCUCGGCAGGUUACCUCUCGGGCUACCGGCAACACUACCAGCCGAUCGCCCCUCCGGCCAGUACUUAUGGGGGUUACCAAUCGAGCCUCGAUCCCGGCAAAAGCUCCUCUUUCGUCGCUGGUGGCACUGACUACUCGUCCCUUGGAAUCAGCGACUACUCGGGUACCCUAUCGUCCUUCGGCCACUCGGAGGUCAAGAUCCAGCAGAAGCUCAACGCCGGCUACAGUAGCGCCCAGAGCCACGCGACCGAGAUCAGCAUCGAUCACGUUCAGCCGGCCCGGUACUCUUCCCUCGACGCCGCCAGCCACCACCACCACCAGAGCUUCGGACACUCGGAGGUCAAAUUCCAACGGGGCCUCGAGCCCGUCGAUAAUCCACACCAACAGCACGGCCUACUCUCGGGUUACUCCGGCAGCAGCAGCGAGUCUGGGGUAGACCACGUCGACAGCUCGGACGAUGCUGGUUACCACUACGAGAAGCCGAUCGUCAAGUUCGAGCUCCCGUCCAAGAGCUACGGUCUGUAA